UUCCGUUAGAUCUCGCCGUACUUCCGGUCAGCGAGGCCUCUUCCUCCGCUGGUUUGCCGGGUCUCCUACCACUGCCCCUCAGGUUUUCCUAGAGCGGCUCGGGUACCUCAUUGCGUCUUUCCGGAAGCCUGCGCUGGUUCCUCGUCGCACGCUUCACUAAGGCUCGCGGGCCGGUAGGGGCUGGGCCUGCCGCGCGUGUUGAGGCCCCGCAGCUCCGUUGAGGCCGCCGCGCUGUCAGGAUGCCGCGGCCGAGGUCGGCGACUUGCUGGGCGGCCGCCGCAGGCCGUUGGAGUUGCAGACUGCUUGCUCUACUGUUGCUACUGCUACUGCCGGGUCCGAGCGGCGGCUCCGAGAUCACUUUUGAGCUGCCGGACAAUGCCAAGCAGUGCUUCUACGAGGACAUCACUCAGGGCACCAAGUGUACCCUAGAGUUCCAGGUGAUUACUGGUGGUCACUACGAUGUAGAUUGUCGAUUGGAAGAUCCUGAUGGUAAAGUGUUAUACAAGGAGAUGAAGAAACAGUAUGAUAGUUUCACCUUCACAGCCUCCAAAAAUGGGACAUACAAAUUUUGCUUCAGCAAUGAGUUUUCUACUUUCACACACAAAACGGUGUAUUUCGAUUUCCAAGUUGGAGAAGACCCACCUUUGUUUCCCAGUGAGAACCGAGUCAGUGCCCUUACCCAGAUGGAAUCUGCUUGUGUUUCCAUUCAUGAAGCUCUGAAGUCUGUCAUUGACUAUCAGACACAUUUCCGACUACGGGAAGCUCAAGGCCGAAGCCGAGCAGAGGAUCUAAAUACAAGAGUGGCCUACUGGUCGGUGGGAGAAGCCCUCAUUCUUCUUGUGGUUAGCAUAGGGCAGGUGUUUCUCCUGAAAAGUUUUUUCUCAGAUAAAAGAACCACCACAACUCGCGUUGGAUCAUAACUACACUUUGAGAUGCACCAUUGCCACCGUAAUAUUACUGUCCUCAAUUUUAGGUACUGAAGAACUUAACAUUGGCAACAUUCUAAAACCCUGCUCAUACUUGUUGAGAAAGCUGUACAGUGCAUAUCCCCAUGGGGAGAGGACAUCUUUUUUAUUUGUAAAGGUGGAAAACUGGACCUUAAUGCAGCUAUUCAUAUGAAAUAUCUAACACCAAUGAUCUACUUUUUCUUGGUUUAUAUUUACUCUUCAUACACUAAACUUUGGUAUUCUGAUUCCUUUUAACCAUUUAAAAGUACUUUUCUUAAUAGGUAGUUGAUACUUAAAAAAAAAUCUUAGAUUUAUUGUCUGUGUGUAUUACAGAGGAAAUAAACUGCCUUUUAAUUGUUUAUAGUGAAUAAAGUUGUGUUUUUAAGAAACCAAAUGUGAUUAACUGUAGCCAAGCCCUAUUCUGCACUGCUUAAUUUUAUGGUGGAAAGUAAUCUACCAUAGAACUUUCAGUUAAUAUUGAUACACUUUUCAUUGCUAUAUCAUGAUAUAAUUUAUUUCUUGCUAGUUUGAAAAAUGUACAGGUUUUGUUUUUUUUUCCCCCAUUCUAUGAUUUAUAACUAGCUACAUUAUCUGUUUAGAAGUGUUACCACAUAGAAAAUAGCAUAAUAGACUUAAAAAUCAGACUGUUGUAACUGUUAGGAUAAAGAAUAAUAUGAGACACUGCGGUAUGGUAAAUGAAAUAGAAAUAUUUUUAGUGAACAUUUUGUCUGAAAUUGCAUUUUGGGGCUUUUAUCAAGAAGAGAGGACCUGAGUCAUGUGUGCAUUCUGUUGAACUAGUUCUUGGUCCAGUCAUUCCCAGCUUAGGUCAGCAGUUACAAUCUAGUGUCACAUAAGUGCCAUAUGUCUUCUCCUCAUGAUGUGAUGCACUGAGGAGUUCAUUUUUAUCUGUCUUCAUUUUGUCUUGUUUCUACAGUCUACACCUAAAUUUAGAAUACUGUGAAUGUUUCCUAUUUGGAGAGGUAUAGAGUUGUUUUGUACUGUUUGUGUCUUGUACCUUCUGUGGAUUAAGCUGAUUAAAAUGAGAUUUUGAUCUAAGUAUUCAGAAUACAGUACAUGAUGAUGGAAAUUUGUAUAGGCAAGAAGGCUUUUUUAAAAGUUAAAAAACACAGCAGUUGCUUUUCAGCCAUGCCUUUUAACCACAGGUGAUGAGAACUAAAUGAGUCAGUCUCCUGUUGUAGAGACUUUCCUAUGACACUAUAGGAUAAUGACUGACUAGCAAUUUUAGUCACUUAACCAUUACUGACUAGAACUUAACUAAGCCAUCUUAAAAUGCGCUUAGGUGCGUGCACACACUUCUGCAUGCAAGAGCAAAAUAAAUUCAAGUUGUCUUGCUUACUAAUUUCAGAUGUCACAGUGUACGAGUGAACAUGUUUUCAACCUUUUAGGAUUCUUGAAGACCAGAUCACCUACUCCUUAGACAUUUACAGAUUAAGAAGAGAAGUUUAAGAUUUUUCAGACUAUCCAUUUGAGUUCUUGUAUUGAAGUCCUAUGGCUUUUUAAAUGUUCCAUCUACUUAGUCCGUCAUGAAUGUUUUAGCACCAAUGUUAAUGUGAUUGCUAAGCACAGGCAUAUGUAAAAUGCCAUGUCUGCUUGCUAGUGGACUCUUUGGAUACUUACACUGUAAUUAAAUGGAGUCAGGUAUAGAUUUUGCCAGGCUUGGCAUAAAUGAUGCCCACAUUUAAUCUGUGCCUCUCAAAAUGUCAUGAUAGUAAACUCUUACUAUAUAUCAUUUUUAAUGAGACUAUAGAUUCAAACUUGAAAUCACCAGUUACCCAGUGUCAGAAGUAAUAUGAAUUUAGUUUCGUCUCUCAGUAGCUGGCUAAAUUUUGACAGCUAUCUGUCCAACUGGUAUGAUUAUAUAAGAAAAUAGAUACCCAUAUAUAAAUGUUAUAUGAUAUUUUUCUUCCUCCUAUGACAUAAUUCAUAGCUUGUCUUUUUUUCUGUAAUUCUUACAUAAGUUGUUGCAGGAGUUUGAAUUUCCCAAAUAUUUUUGUUUGGUCAUAUGACUCAAUACAUAUUUGAAUAUCAUAAUUGUAUAUAUUUUUAAAGUAGAAUAAAUAAUGGAAAGCAACUUGAUACAUGAAUUUAUACUAAAAUUCCACCUGGAUAAAGAUAUGUUUUACAAUAUUGCUUUGCUAAUAAUCUAAACAUUCUUUUAUCUAUCAAACAUGGUUUGUGGCUUACAACUUUUCCUCUGGGCUCGAUAAUCGCCUUUGAAAAUACAGUAGACUGAAGUGAUUUAUUGAAAGGUUUCAUUUAUAUCUCUGAACUAUCCAUUUUUUUGUUUGAAUUUCUAAAUGUAAAAUUUAUGUUUAAAUAGGAUAAAGUUGACUGUGACUUUUGUUUUCAAAAAUUAGGCAAAUUAAUAUAUAAAUAAUUCAAAGGGUCUUUGUUUACUUUGACAAAGAAUUUUUCUCUGAAUUAAAGAUGGUUUCACAGGAUUGCACCAAUCAGUUCCAUGUAAAAU